CCAAACGUAUGGAUGGAACUAGCACUUUUAAAAGAAAAGUAAACAAAGUUGACAAUUACGAACAUGAUGAUGCUCGUGAUAGCAGUUCUGACGACGGUUACGUUUUUGGAUUACGAGAAAAUACUGUGAAUAAAGUACAGAAAGGACAACCGAAAUUAAAUGUGAAAAUCAACAAUUCUAAUGUGGAUAUUUUAAUUGAUACAGGAUCAAGUAUUAAUGUUAUUGAUGAAAGCACAUUCGAGAACAUCAAGUGUAAACCCAAACUUUCUCACGCUGACACUAAAGUCUUCGCAUAUGGAUCAGAUAAAAACUUGAAAUUAAUGGGAAAAUUUCACGCUACGAUAGAGACUGACCAUAAAAUAACAACCGCACCGGUGUAUGUGAUGAAAGGAAGAUACGGGAAUGUAUUGUGCUAUGACACAUCUGUUGACUUAAGCAUAGUGCCAGUCAUUUCGACAGUAGCAAAUAAACAUGAAAUAUUAUGCAAUAAAUAUAGCGAUGUGUUCAAUGGAAUUGGAAAAUUAAAAGAUGAAAAAGUGAAAAUUCAUAUUGAUGGAAGUGUAAAACCAGUUAUACAACCACAUAGGCGUAUUCCGUUUCACAUUCGAAAGCAAGUAGAAGCAGAACUCGAAAAACUCGAAAAACAGGAUAUAAUAGAAAAGGUGGAUGGACCAACACCUUGGGUGUCCCCGAUAGUUGUGGCCCCUAAACCGAAAAACAAGAACGAAAUUCGAUUAUGCGUGGAUAUGAGGGAACCGAACAAAGCUAUUUUGCGUUCACGUCAUAUUACACCAACACUCGAUGAUAUGAUCUUGGAUUUAAACGGAUCCAAAGUAUUCUCGAAAAUGGACCUUCGAAGUGGAUAUCAUCAAUUGGAGUUAAACGAAGAAUCCCGGAACAUCACAACCUUCACGACACACGUAGGAUUUCGGAGAUAUAAACGACUCAGUUUUGGUGUUUCAUCAGCCGCAGAAUUAUUCCAAAACACACUGAGUAAUGCACUUGAAGGAUUAGACGGAGUUCGAAAUAUAUCCGAUGAUAUUAUCGUAUUUGGAAGGAACCAGGACGAACAUGAUAAACGAUUGGAAAAACUAUUUGCACGACUUAAAGAGAAGAACUUGACAUUGAAUAAGGCAAAAUGUGAAUUUAAUAAGAACAAACUUGAAUUCUAUGGUCAUAUUUUCAGUGCAGAUGGCAUAUCAGCCGAUCCAAGAAAAAUAAGCGCUAUCAGGAACACGACAAUACCGAAAGACGUAAGUGAAAUUCGUAGUUUCUUAGCAAUGACCAAUUAUGUAGGACGUUUCAUUCCAAAUUACUCAACUAUUACUGAACCGCUCCGCAGAUUAACAAAGCAGAAUUCCAAGUGGGAAUGGACAUCUGAACAACAGGAAUCAUUUGACAAGCUAAAGAAUGAACUUGUUGCUGACCGUGUGAUGUCAUACUUUGACCCUAACAAAGAAACAAUGUUGAUAGUAGAUGCAAGUCCCGUUGGAUUAGCUGGAUUAUUAACACAAAAUGGAAAAAUUAUCGCAUACGCAAGCCGAUCAUUGACAGACGUUGAAACACGCUAUUCGCAAACAGAAAAGGAAGCAUUAGCAAUUGUAUGGGCAAUUGAACAUUUUCACCUUUAUUUGUACGGACAAUCAUUUAAAUUGGUAUCCGAUCACCAACCGCUUGAAACUAUAUUCAACAGUCCAAAGGCAAAAACACCAGCACGAAUUGAAAGAUGGAGAUUAAGAUUACAGGGAUAUAAUUUCAAAGUACAGUAUAAACCAGGAAAGGUGAACGCAGCUGAUUAUUUAUCAAUACAUCCGACACCGAAUACAUCAAUCGCAUGUAAACAUUCUCAAUUAGCUGAAGAAUAUGUCCGAUAUUUAACUGACAACGCUGUGCCGAAGGCAAUGACCCUUAAUGAGAUAGCUGAAAGUACACAAAAAGAUAAAGAUCUGCAAACCGUAAUUACUGCAUUAAAAUCAAACAGGUGGGACAAGUAUGAGAGUAAUACGCUAGAUACAUUCUCAAGAUUAAGAUACGAAUUAACAAUCGUUCCCGUUAUUGAUAUGGAGAUCAUACUUCAUGAUAAUAGAAUCGUCAUUCCGAAAGAUUUACAGAUGCGUGUAAUUGACCUUGCACAUGAAGGACACCAGGGCAUAGUACGUACAAAACAGUUGUUACGUGAAAAGGUAUACUUCCCUGGAAUAGACAAACUAGUAGAACAAACGUGUAAAUCAUGUAUACCAUGUUUAGCGUCAACCCCGAAAAAUGUUUUCGAACCGUUACAAAUGUCUGAGAUACCGAAUAAUGUAUGGGAGAAUCUCAGCAUGGACUUUUGUGGACCAUUUCCGAAUGGAUAUUACGUUAUGGUAAUAAUUGAUGAAUACUCAAGGUAUCCUGUAAUAGAAACCUUAACCAGUUUAACCGCAAAAUCUGUCAUACCUCUAUUAGACAAAACUUUCUCAAUUUUUGGAAUACCGAAAGAACUGAAAACAGACAACGGACCGCCGUUUAAUUCAGGAGAAUUCCGAAAUUUUGCAGAUAACAUGGGUUUUAAGCACCGCAAAAUAACUCCUUAUGGCCUCGCGCUAACGCGGAAAGUGAAAGAUUCAUGA